AUGUUAAAAGAAUGGGCGAUAUUUAAACAGAAACAGUUGUUCGGUCGUUUUGGGGUUGACUAUUAUGCUCCUGAUGGUGACGGCAAUGUUAUAUUAUUGCCUCCAUUAGGUCCUCCGAAAGAAAGAGACACGUUACAAUCUCUCGGGUAUAAAAUACUUAAUGAUCACCCUGGAUGGUGUGGAAUGAGUAGAGUUUUUGGAGAUAGCAUUGAGGUAGAGGGUUUGAUUGAAUGGGGAAAUUAUAUUAUCUCUCAUUAUACUACUCAGUUACGUCGUGCUGGCAUUUUGGGGGGUAUCAUAGCUUCACGGGGGAAGUACAGUAAAAACAUCAAUAUCAUUAAGGCAUUGGUGGAGCUAUGGUGUUCGGAGACAAAUACUUUUCAUCUUCCAUAUGGUGAGGUUGGGAUUUCUUUAUGGGAAAUUAGAGAACUUAGUGGGCUUCCGAUUAUCGGCGAUAUGUAUGACGAAUAUAUCCCUCCAAAUUCUGAACUUUAUAAUAAAAAUAAUUAUCCCAAUUGCGUUAGGGAGCUUUUUGAUGUUUAUCAAUGGCUUAUGGCUCGAUCUUCUACCAAGCGUGUGCGGUAUGAUUUAUGGGUAAAUUUCUUUUACACAAGCUGUAAGAAGUUGAGUCGAUCUAAGUUUAGGAAUAUAAGCAAUACAGAACUCGCUCCCUCAUAUACAGAAGACACGACUCGAGCGGCCUACAUUUCAUUAUGGUUAUGCAACUUUGUAAUGCCUUCUGGGUUAGAUCAUUUCAUCAGGCCGGAGACAUUUAUUAUGGCUUCUAAGCUGGCGUUAGGUGAAAAGGUUUCCUUAGCCCCUGCCAUUCUUUGUGCUAUCCAUGCUGGUUUGUCUUUUAUGAGUGAUCAUCCCGAAGGUCUUGCGCAUCCUGGGCCUCAAUUUCCUGUUAAUUUUUUGUAUGCGUGGAUUGGUCUUCAUUUUGAACAAACUUAUUCUAGAAAAGUAAUCAGUGAUAAUAUCAAGAACAUUGCUGGCUUACGAAGCCCUCCUCAAAUGAUAUUUUUUAUGGAUGCGGCGGCUUCUCCUUUUAAUGCUAAGCGAGCACGGAUUCAUCUUAGAUCGAGCGCCCAUUUUGUGUGGGGUCCCCUGCCAUAUUUUUAUUCUUUUGUUAAUGAUGGUUGGCUUUAUGAUGCAAAAUUGGCUCCAGGAGAGUGUAAGUAUCCGAGAGAGGUCUAUGAGUAUAUAAUUUCUAUCAGACAGAGCGUGCUUCCACUUCGUUUGGGGAACAAAUUGCACACACAGCCGUAUAAUCCUCACCGUUUUGCUCGACAAUUUGGCUUCGAUCAGUCUUUUCCUGAAAGUAUCAAAGUUCCUAAGUUAGCGAACCAUCUUGGGACACUUGCUGGGUGUUGGAAUCAUUUUCUUCGAUAUGGCACUUCCACUAAUUAUUUUAUACCAAAGAAGGACCGGAUUGGGAAACCAACUUUGCAUUAUGCGCGCUGGUGGUCGAAUAGCGUGCAUUCGAGCUUCAAACACGGAGUAGGCUAUUUACUAGCUGUGGAUGAUCCCCGCAAGAAGAAGAAAGGUGUUGCUAUUGUUGGUAAAGAUUCUGAUUUUGAGGAGAGAUUAAACUCGUCAAAUGUUAGAGAUGAAAGGGUUCUGAAUAUUCCAGAACCAAAGGGAAAAGAACUGGACUUAUUUCCAGAAUAUGAUCAUAUUCAAGCUGAUCUUUCAGAUGACUCCCCUCAACGUGAAGUUCUUGGCCUCAGUUUUCCAAUUCAUGAAGACAAGAAAUCUGAGGAAGUGCUUAUUACGGGUUCGCCUACCGGGGGUAAAAUGCACUUGCAAGAUCCUUUAACGAAGUCAAAGGCAUGCGAUGUGGACCGUCAAGAAGUUCAGAAAAUCCACGCUUGGAUGUUUCAACUAAAGUGGCUCGUGGAAAACUUCUGGUAA